UUUCCCAAACAACGCGCCAAAUUUGUAGACGAUUAGCCACGAACAUCGGUGUGUGUGAUAAACUAAAGCAUUCGAAAAUGAAGGUCAUAACACCUGAAAUUUCGUGGCAUGAACGAGAACCAAUUUACAGCGUAGAUAUUCAGCCUUCCUGUGGUAGCAGUAGUACUUCUACAGCAAACCGUCAGGUUACACGAUUGGCCUCCUGCGGAGUCGACAAAAUAGUGCGGAUGUGGCAGAUCAGACUCGGAGCAGAUGAUAAAGCUGAAAUUAGCUUCUUGUCCAAUCUAUGUCGUCACACAGCUUCUGUUAAUGCUUGUCGGUUUUCUCCUGAUGGUAAAUUGUUGGCUUCUGCAGGAGAUGAUGCAGCCGUUCUCCUUUGGAAGCUUAGUGAUGUACCUAUUCCUGCUAACAACAUUUUUCAAGAAGAAGAUUCGGACAACAAAGAAACAUGGGUUGUGACAAAGAGUUUGAGGGGUCAUCUCGGAGAUGUCUAUGACCUUUGCUGGUCACCAGAUGGUCGCUACCUUUUAUCUGGCUCCAUUGACAACAGUGCAAUUCUUUGGGAUAUCCACAAAGCAGAUCAGAAACUUGCACUUUUUAACGAGCAUAAGAGCUAUGUACAAGGUGUUGCAUUGGAUCCUCUUGGAGAAUACGUGGCCACACUAAGUGCUGAUAGGUCAUGCCGAAUCUUCAGUAUUGCCAACAAGAACUGCAUUCUCAAUAUCUCCAAGACAACCCCUGCUCACACCCACAUAGAGAAUGGGGAUGCCAAACCAAAACCAGUCCGCAUCUUCCAUGACGAUACUCUUCGCUCAUUCUUCAGGCGGCUAGCAUUUUCUCCAGAUGGACAGCUGCUCAUUGCACCUGCUGGCUGCAUAGAGGAUGCAGACAAGACUGUUAAUGCUUCCUUUAUUUUCACUAGAGGAGCUUUCUCUAAGCCUGCCUGUUACCUUCCCAGCCCGCAAAAGGCCACAGUGGCAGUGCGAGUGUGUCCAUGUUUGUUUGAACUGCACCAGGUGACGAGGAUCCAAGACAGUGAUCAGCAAGAUGGUGCAAAAGAGUGGGAGAAGUAUUCAACUGUGUUCAGUCUCCCUUACAGGAUAGUAUUUGCUGUUGCUUCUGAAGACUCAGUUCUGCUGUAUGAUAGUCAACAAACCCUCCCCUUUGCUUACCUGUCAAAUAUCCACUACCACCAACUGAGUGAUCUGUCCUGGUCUAGUGAUGGCCAAAUUCUGAUCGUUGCUUCUACGGAUGGAUACUGCUCAGUGGUAACAUUUGAGAAAGGAGAGCUUGGUGUUCCAUACACACCCAGACCAGCUGAGAAUGUUGUAAACAACCUGGAAACUUCAUCUCCUGUUUCAAACAAGAAUCUCGCAGAAACAGACACUUCAUGCUGUCAGCAGCAGGAUGUAGAAUCAAUGGACACCGACUGCAGCAGCGUGCAACAGAAUGUAACACAAACUCCUGACCCAAGUAAACCAUCAAAAGACUUUACCAAAGAAAUAUCCUCAUCAAGACCUGAGGUACCAAAAGGUGAUGCUGAAUCUUCAACAGUCUCAGUGAAAGAUGGUGCUUUUUCAGCACCAUCAGUAAAGGCAGUGGUGGCUUCAGAGACUGGUGCUGCUCCCUCGGCUGUUGUUAAACAGCCCAAACGGAUAAAUUUCAAGACAUUGUCUUUGUUAAAACCAAACACAGGAAAAAAGAGCUAAGAAAAGUAUCAAAUGAGGUUUUUUAUAAAAAGUUUCCUAAUAAUACAACAUAAGUACAUGUAAUUUUAGAGAAACGUAAGUAUUCACCUAUACAUGUGUGAAUGUAGAUAUGUAUUUAUUAUUAGUGUUUUGUUUGCUGUGUGCACGUCUAUGUGUGUGAGAGAGAGCAGGCCCGUCCUUAAAUCUUCAACAGAAGUACAGAAAGUUUUUUGUGUGAAGAGUGAAUAUAUAUGAUGGACAUAAUCUUUUAGACAUGGCUGCUUGCAAUACUUGAACAUUUUACGUAAUCACAUAUCUGAUACGUGGAUUUGUAAAACUAUGACCAGAAAAUAAUCAUGAGCCCUUUAAGUGUCUAAACCAUAGUUCUGUUAAGAGCAGAUUCACAGGAGCACCCAGUUUCUGAAUUUUGAAAAUAAUACAAAUCUCAGUCUCAUCCACUUUAGAGUUGUACCCCUUGGCAUGUUUAAGAAGUAGGUGGGGUUGUUUUUCUAAAUCUUUCCAACUGGUCAUAGUACAUAGGACAUUAUUCAUCAGUUUUACUGGAUUUUUGAGUACAUUGUUCUGCCUUUAAUACUGAAUUUAUAUGUUUUAAUUCUUCUGAGUAUUUUAACUCCUGUUUUUGAGGAAUGAGGAAAAGCUACAGCCUUUAAUUUCCCUUCUGUUGACUUUUAAAUUUUGUAAGUAUGCAUAUAAUUUGUUUUUUAAUGUUGAUGAAUGCUUAAAAGAACAUAACAAAGACAUGCCUUUCAAAUUUUAUUUCACUUGGUAAAAGAACAGUACACAAAACAGGUAAACUGACCAAAAACAAAAAUGUCUUCCAAAAGACAUAUUUUUGGCACUAAGACAAGCAACUUCAUUCACAAAACAAAUUCUGUGAUCUUGCAGCAAAAUGAAUGGAAUAUCAUAACUGAAAUUGUUUUCUGUUGGAGUAAAAGAUAUCAACUUA